AUGGAUAUUUUAAAUCGGCCAGCAGAAGAAUUCGAUAAUGAUCAAUCUGUUGAGACUAUGUGGGCCAUCAAAGCCUUUGAGCAUGCAGAAGUUUAUUUCAAUAUAUUAUGUUCAGUAGACCCGAAACUUCUUAAACUCACUCCAGUAGAUGAUAUUAUUUAUAGAAUAUUUAGAGAAGAAUUUCCAAAACUAGAUGUAGAAGUGAUUAAGGAAGAUGAACUAAAAAGUACAAAAGAAAAAGCGAAGUGGAGACCUUUUUGUGAACGAUUUAAAACUCUAGUUGAAGAUUACAGUUUUGGUACACUUUUACGAUCUGAUGCCAAGGAUGACUAUAAGGAAGACAAUACAAUGUUAGUCACUAGGAUACAGUUUUAUGCCAUAGAACUAGCUAGAAAUAAAGAGGGAGUAAAUGAUAUUUUGAGGAAGAAAUUUAAGCCUAAAAGUGAUUCUGAAAAAGAUGAUUAA